AUGCAUCACGAUGAUCAUGUCACUAAACGUGGAACUCCACGUAUGCUCACUUACUCCCCUACGGAGAAGGUGUUGCCAAAGGAUGCUCAGAUAAUAGAUGCUUUACAUGGUACUGACGCCAUUGAUACAAACAAUAUUGACGUGGAGUUUCAAGAAAAAUCAAUGACUGAGGGAGAGGAUGGUACAGAUUUGCUUGGCAAGGAAUUAUUGGAGAUGGAGGCACGUAAUACCCAUACUACCGAGGGGGACAAAGCCAAGACUAAUGAAGCAUUACGUGGGAAGCCGAGACACUCAUCGACUCAUAGAAGGGGAGGAAGGUCUCGUAUCCCCAUGGGUAUACAACGGAAGAAGGGUGAAUUCCUCCGUCGAGGAUCACCAAGGAGCCGCAGGUCCUCUAAGAAUCUGCCAAAUACUAAUAAACAAUAG